AUAAUUUCGCGAGGGAACCACUCAGCCGCUAACACACAGAGCAGAACAAGAAAAUGGUGUCAGGAUCAGGCAUCUGCUCGAAGCGCGUGGUCGUCGACGCGCGGCACCACAUGCUCGGUCGCCUGGCGUCGAUCGUGGCCAAGGAGCUCCUCAACGGCCAGAAGGUCGUCAUCGUGAGAUGCGAGGAGAUCUGCCUCUCCGGUGGACUCGUGCGUCAGAAAAUGAAGUACAUGAGGUUCCUCCGCAAACGCAUGAACACCAAACCCUCGCACGGUCCCAUUCACUUCCGUGCUCCCUCCAAGAUCUUCUGGCGUACCGUUCGCGGUAUGAUUCCACAUAAAACGAAGCGUGGAGCUGCUGCACUUGCACGCAUGAAGGUUUUCGAAGGUGUGCCUCCACCGUACGACAAAGUCAAGAGGAUGGUUAUCCCUGACGCUCUAAAGGUGUUGAGGCUUCAGGCUGGCCACAAGUACUGUCUGUUGGGUCGUCUUUCUUCUGAAGUUGGGUGGAAUCACUAUGACACCAUCAAGGAGCUGGAGGCAAAGAGGAAGGAGAGAUCUCAAGUGGUUUACGAGAGGAAGAAGCAACUUAACAAACUUAGAGCUAAGGCCGAGAAGGUCGCUGAAGAGAAGCUUGGAGCACAGCUCGAGAUUCUUGCACCAGUCAAGUACUGAGAUCAUCAGUAGGGGUUUGUCUUAUGCAAGUUUUGAGCCGACCUAUCAUACUUUUGUUUUACCUCUUUACGUAGGUGUUGUUUCAGAUGUUUUCUUUCUUGAAUUCCAGUGAUUUGCUGUCAAAGAAAAAGAGCCAAUUUAUUCAAAUCCCAAUUCUUCUUUCU